AUGAGACUCUCGCAUGUCGUCAGUGGGGCUGGUGGCUUCCUGGGCUUGUAUCAGGACUUGGCAGAGAUCUAUCGCGCAGCUGACCCUGCAAAUGGAGGGCGAAUUGAAUUGACAUCGCCGCCAUACCUACCACCAUUCAUGGUUACUGAAAUGUUGCACAUGAAUGCUGACGAACAGAGAAAGGCAUUGAGUGAGCGCCCAGCAGCUUACUCCUUGAAGGAUCCUAAGGCUGCGGCUGAAACACCGGCUAAAACCGAAGCCCACUUCCAGCAGCAGAGCUUAAGCCAAGACCCACUCGUGGGACGAAGUCUGCGAUUCUCACUUCAGCACUAG